AGAUUUUCAGGAGACCUGGACACAGUUCCUUCACUAGACCUUCCACUUGGCGCCAAAAAAUAUAUUUGGUCAUGUACGACCAAGAACUUCCAUGUCUUCCCAUGGCAAGCAGACGAGAGAUCGUCGAGCACUUCUGGGGUAUUGGCGCCGACGCAAAUGUGCGAAAGAAACUUUUUGACGACGACUCAUAUUUCGAGUAUUUCGAGCAGCAGUGUCGAAUCGCUCGUCAACAUGACCAUCCCGAAAACCGAGUAUGCACGCAAAGCAACAUUUUCGACAUUGUAUGGCAAUUCAAAUCUGGAGUGGAUCGCGAAACAAUCAAAACGAAUCUCUCUUCUAAGGUUGAUGGGAUUGGCGAGAACUCCAGUUUCGCCGUGAAUUAUGCCAUAGACUUAACAGUCAGACUUUGGCUUAUGGUCCAUAUCGGAGACGUGCAACGAGGCAUCACAGGACAAACAGCGCUUUUGUGGCGUGGAGGCUCUUUGAAAGACUGUGUCGCCGGGCAUUUUCAACAUCAGCGUAUUUUGACAGACUUGGUGAGAUUUGAAAGAGUAUUCAAUGCCUGCAAUAUCGAUCGGGUGGCGAACGUGACCAUUCGAUGGACACCGAAUCUGGUUGACCAUUUGAAAUUCAUCGAAGACGGAAAGAAGCCAAUCCUAAAUAUUUUCCAUCACGCUGCAUUUCUCAAUUACCACCGAGAAAGCGACUUCUUUCCUUCCGGGUUCAUCGACGAGACGAUUCGAACUCUCGCUCUGCUUCUUCCAGCUCAUGACUCGGACUCAAGAAAGUGGUUCAGAAAACAGCAAGCAAAGCUGCCGCUCGAUCCUGGAGCAGUCAGGUGCGGCCAACUCAAGUUAGAAGAGCGACAAAUUAACCACUUUAAUUUCUGGCAUGACCGACUUGUUAUUUUGAAGCAGUACUUUGACGAUUCCAAGCCGCGGACGAUCAAACAGUGGUACUACGACGACAGGCAUCGUGUUUCGUGGUUUUGGGUUGCAAUUCUUCUAGUAGUUUGCACAUUGCUGUUUGGUUUUAUUCAAUGCGUCGAAGGAGGUUGGCAAAUAUGGAAAGCGUACCAUCCGUGAUGUUACUUUAGAUGAGCAAGGAAAGUACUGUACCUGGUUGAUGCUUUUGCGACCAAGAAGUUUCC